AUGGCUCGCAAGAAGGUAACCCUCCAGUACAUCCCCAAUGUCUCGACCCGACGUGGUACCUUCAAGAAGCGUCGUAGGGGCCUUAUGAAGAAGGCCAGCGAGCUAGCCAUCCUGUGUGACGUCAGGGCCUGCGUGCUGGUGUAUGGCGAAGGCGAGACGACACCGGAGGUGUUCCCAUCCCAUGAUGGGGCCGUGAAAAUCUUGAACAUCUUCAAGAAAAUGCCAGAGCUGGAGCAGUGCAAGAAGAUGAUGAACCAGGAGGGCUUUCUCCGUCAGCGCAUCGACAAGCUCCGGGACCAGGUACACAAGUUCGGUCGUGAGUUUCGGGAGCAGGAGAUCAGGACCCUCCUGCUCAAGGCCAUGUGCGGCAACCUCCCCGACCUCGUCAGCCUCAACAUUGAGGAGCUCACCAGCGUUGGCUGGAAGGUGGAAAUGCUCCUCAACGGCAUCGGCGAUCGCAUCACGAAACUCCAGGGACAGCCUCCGGCUCCACACAUGAUCGACAGCAUGGACAUGGGGUCUCCGGCGAUAAAUCAGGCGCCGCCUGCGCAGGAGGGCUGGCUUGACAUGGUGAGGUCUGGAGGGGACCUCAGUGCUCUUGUCUGUAGUGGCUACUUUGGUAGCCAUGAGGCUACAAGCACCAGCUCCAGCGUCGGCUACUCCGGCGGUGAUAUGAUGCAACCCUUUGAUGUGGGGUUCGGUUGGCAGUGGGGCACCGAUCUUGGAGCGUCUUCGAGUUUGUUCCUUCCCAUGUAG